GUAUUGAAUCUGAAAAAACUUCGCAAACUGAUAAUUCGCUAGAAGUUAAUGAAUUAUUAGAAGACAAUCUUCAAACUAAAGGUUCUCAAGCCAAUUCAAAAAAAUAUAUGCGCCAUUAUAAAACAAAUAAAAAAUCUGCAUCAUGCUGGAAAUAUUUUAAAAUAGUAGGAGGAGAAUCAGUAUGUGAUGUAAAAAUUAAAAUAAAUGGAAAGGAAAAGAAUUGUGGAAAAAAAUUUAAAUAUCUUCCCGGAUGGUCAACGACCAACAUGAAUUCGCAUCUUGCAGACGAACAUGAUAUAGCAGAAUUUCAAAAAAACCAGAAUAAUACAAAAGGUUCCCAGCAAACUAUCACUACUAUGCUACAACGUGUUGUCCCUCACAAAGGAACUAAAAAAUUUAAUAUUUGUCACGCUGUUGCGGAAUGGCUUGUGAUUGAUAAUCGACCAUUUGAAGUUAUUAGCGGAGAAGGGUUUCGUAGAUUUAUGUUGCAAAUAGAUUUUGCCUUUCGUCGGCCUUCUUAUAAGACAUUAAAAAAAGAAAUAUCUAUUGCAAACACAACUACAAAAAGCCAAAUCAACAAUCUUUUAGCACGAAGCAGUGAAACAAUUUCUCUAACAACUGACCUUUGGACGGCAAGAAAUAAAACAGGAUAUAUUGGAAUAACCGCUCAUUA